AUGCUUUUGGCUAGCGUAGACGAAGGAAGCAUCGAGUCACAAGCACAUUGUAUAGCUAGGGCUUGCAUUCAGAUGCUUUCAACCAAUAAGCAUUUGGAAAGUCUCAAAGACCCGAAGUUGAUUUCUAUGACAUCGCAAAUCAGGGAGAACAUAUCAAAGUUAGUGGCCCUGCUUUUCGAUACCCCCGAGCUGCAAAUUACUGGCGUACCCGAGCUCAAAGAUUCUGCGAGGUCGGGAAGGUCAUCUAUUUUGUCAAACAAUAGAGUUAAAUGGGUGAACCUAGCUCUUGUGAUUAUUUCAUUUGUCAGAGUGAAAGAUUUGAGCAAAUGCGAAAACCUACCACUCUCUCUAGAUUCAUUUUGGGAUCUAAACGAGAAUUUCGAAGUUCAUGUGAGCGGAAACCAACUCCAGGGACCACCGCCCGAAACACUUGCCUCAUUCGACAUAAUCGCGCGUCUUAUUCUGGGAAGCCACUAUGUCCAGGAUGAUGUUGGGAGCUCGGCCCUUCUUAGUGGGUGGGAAUGGAGUAUCUUCCUUGAUUCAUCAUUCGACGCUGUAGAUCCAGGACACGUGCGGCCUGGACUACUCCACAUCCAAAUGGAUGUUCCCGCACGCAUCGUAGAUAGUGAGAGUCAGCUCAGCGCGACUCUUAUUGGAUAUCAUGGACGCGAUGUGUUCUCGGUUGUUCAAGUGUACGAGUGGAACAUCACUGGAACAAGAUCCAAAAAGUGGAGGUUAGGCUUUCGAAGAAAACAAAAAAUGUACUCAAAGUUUACUAUCAUGGAACAAUGUCCAUGUGAGAAUGUUCUCCGAGAUGAAGACCGAUAUCAAGUCGGUUGA